CCGACCCGGCGGGCUGAGAGCGGGUGGUUUGAAAAUGAAUGGUUGCAAAGCCAGGCUCCCUGCGGUGGAACCAGGAGGGGGCUGUCCCGGCCCCUCACCGCGCCGGGGACGGGAGAUCCUCUCGGGCGAGGUCGGCUGAAGAUGAUAAAGUUCCAAAAAUGCUGCGAAGAACCCUGGCCCAGCUGUCGCUGAGCAGCAUGAAGUCUGCAAAUGCAUGCAUUGGUCGGCCGAUCUUGCUUACUUCUGCUGAGGGGCAACAAGAGGUCUGUACUGCUUGGCCCACUGCAGGCUUUCCAGGCGGGAAGGUUGGACUGAAUGAAACCACACAGAAGAAUCUAAAAGUAAACACAGGUGAUGCCGUGACUGUGCAGCCUGUGACUGGUGCGGUCAUCCAGGCAGAGGAAAUUCAUGUGAAGUUGAGGGACAAAGAUGCCAGCAUUAAUGCUGAGGAAAUGUCUGUCUGUCUGCUGAGAAACCUAGAUGGGAAAAUAGUUUUGCCAGGAAACCUCUUGGCUUUCACUUUCUAUGGCAGACUUUGUAACAUCGUGGUGAUGAAAGUGAAAGGAACGGAUGGGGCAGAGCUGACUGCCCAGGGCAGCACCGUUUGUGGCGAAAUGCAUGAGAUAGACCUUGAAAGGUCUGAUUUUGAGACCAGUAUGCUAGAUUUGUCCUUGCAGCUCAACCAGAUGGACGUUGCUGCAAGUCCAGAGGUUGCAUUUAUGAGCACACCAAGCAAACUGAUGGAUCCCAGCUCACCAGUUACACUCAGUUCUGCUGUGGCAGCCAGUGGUCAAGACUCUGGUCAGGGAGAUAAAACCAAGGAAGGUGGUGGAGACCUCACUGAUGAUUUGGAGUUGGCUGGGAAAGGAGAUAGUGAUGGACUCCCACUAACCGGCAAAACUGGAGCAAUAAGCAAUACAGACACUUUUUAUUUCAUUUCUUCAAGAACUAGAAUCCGUUUUAUUGAAACGAGGACCAAUGUGGCGGAAGACAAUGAUUGUGAACCCCGAGUCACCUAUGCUAUGAUAGGAGGUUUAAGCGACCAGCUCAGAACUAUUAGAGAAACGAUUGAACUUCCCAUGAAGCAAGCUGAACUGUUCAGGAGUUACGGAAUCCCUCCUCCCAGAGGAGUGCUAUUAUAUGGCCCUCCAGGUACUGGGAAGACUAUGAUUGCCAAAGCCAUUGCAAAUGAGGUUGGCGCUCACGUUACCGUUAUUAAUGGUCCUGAAAUAAUAAGCAAGUUUUAUGGGGAGUCUGAAUCAAGAUUACGUCAGAUAUUCGCCGAAGCUUCUCUGCGUCGCCCCUCUAUUAUCUUUAUAGAUGAGUUGGAUGCCCUCUGUCCAAAGAGAGAAGGGGCUCAAAAUGAAGUUGAAAAGAGAGUUGUUGCUUCGUUGCUGACAUUAAUGGAUGGCAUUGGCUCAGAGGGCAGCGAAGGGCAGCUCUUGGUACUUGGGGCCACUAAUCGUCCUCAUGCACUGGAUGCAGCGCUGCGCAGACCUGGGCGUUUUGAUAAAGAGAUAGAAAUUGGGAUUCCUAAUGCCCAAGACCGUCUGGACAUACUCCAAAAGCUUCUGAAGAAAGUUCCCCAUUCGCUUACAGCAGCGGAGUUGGUGCAGCUGGCUGAUAGUGCCCAUGGUUAUGUGGGUGCAGACUUAGCAGCCUUGUGCAAGGAAGCAGGCUUGUACGCAUUGCGGCGAGCACUGGGGAAAAGACCUAACCUAUUAGACAACGAAGUGGCUGGGUCAGUGAUGAUUGCUUUCAAUGACUUCCUGCAGGGGAUGAAUGAUGUCAGGCCCAGCGCCAUGAGGGAGGUGGCGGUUGAUGUGCCAAAAGUGUCUUGGUCAGACAUAGGAGGACUAGAAGAUGUCAAGCUGAAAUUGAAGCAGGCAGUUGAAUGGCCUCUUAAACAUCCUGACUCCUUCAUUCGCAUGGGAAUUCAGCCUCCCAAAGGUGUGCUGCUUUAUGGACCUCCUGGGUGCUCGAAAACAAUGAUAGCAAAAGCUUUGGCUCAUGAAAGUGGCCUCAAUUUCUUGGCAGUGAAGGGACCUGAGCUGAUGAAUAAAUACGUUGGUGAGUCUGAACGAGCAGUGAGAGAGAUCUUUAGGAAAGCCAGAGCAGUGUCUCCUUCAAUUCUUUUCUUUGAUGAAAUAGACGCCUUGGCAGUUGAAAGGGGAAACUCUUCAGGUGCUGGGAACGUGGCAGACCGUGUCUUGGCUCAGUUGUUAACAGAAAUGGAUGGGAUAGAACAGCUGAAGGAUGUGACAAUAUUGGCAGCUACAAACAGGCCGGACAUGAUAGACAAGGCCUUGCUGAGACCAGGACGAAUAGACAGCAUUAUCUACGUGCCAUUGCCAGAUGCAGCCACUCGUGGGGAGAUCUUCAAACUUCAUUUUCGGUCCAUGCCGGUCAGUGAUGAAGUCUGCUUAGCAGAGCUCAUUCAGCACACAGAGAAGUACUCUGGAGCAGAGAUAACAGCAGUCUGUCGGGAAGCAGCCCUGCUAGCUCUUCAGGAAGACAUAGAUGCCAAAGUUAUCAUGGGACGGCACUUUCGAUCUGCACUGACUGUCGUGACCCCAAGGAUUCCUGAUUCGUUAAUCCAGUUUUAUGCAGAUUAUCAGCAGCGAAGUGGACUGCACACGCUUUGAAAGGCGAAUUAAUACAUAUCCCCAUUCACGUUGUGAACAGCGAAUUCCCUUUGUAAAGCUGUCAAAAGCUAAAGAAUUUUGUAUUGUAAGGAGGUGGAGUGUCUGAAGUUAACUGAAGUGCAGGAUUGUUGUAAUAAAUGCCCACGUGGAAGUUUGAAGUGUAAUAAAUAUCAUGUAAGACUUUAUACGUUACAAUUUCAGUGGUAUAAUAUGCAUUUUAUAGGUAGUAAGGUUGCUGAUUUAUCUGAGUGCAUCGAAAAACAGUUAUCAAGUUCUGAAUUGUUGGUGGACUCGUUGCCCUAAACAGAGUAGCAAAAAGUGUCAUUGCUCUCUUCGUUUGUUUCUGCGUCACCACAGUUUAAUCCUGGGGACCAUCCCAGUGAGAUGCAGACCUGGAGAGUGGCCUCGCUACAAAAAAUGCUGAAAAUUAUUCUGAAUCUUUUGAUUUAUGAUCUCCUGAAAAGCUGCCGAACAGGCUUGCCAAGCAUAGAGCUUUCCACGAUAAAGCUAAGGUAUCCUGAUUAAUUACAGUGAAACAUUUAUCUUCAGUCUUAAACAAGUCCUUUUUACACAUACUAGGAAGAAAGCACCUCCGAAAUUGUACAUCCGUUGGCUAACCUGGAACCCCUGCCAGGUGUCAGCAAAACAUUUUUGCUGUGGUUUGUUUGUUUCUGUCAAAAUAAAUAGGAAUUUAAAGCUGGCCGCUUAAAAUCCUAAUGAAUCCUAAUUAAUUGAUAAGAAAAUCUUUGCAAAAAUUGUUAUAAAUGACCUCAAAAUAGUUCAGGGAUAUAAAAUCUUUCCAGCUUAUUUCUUUGUUAUAUUGUCUGUUGAAAGGAAGACAGGUCCUUACGGGUUCUGCUCUUGCACUCAGUGUGAAAGUUAAGCAAACUCAUUUUCAUCAAGACUGCAUUCGAAACUACUUUAUCCUUCUUUUCUAAACUCUUUAUACUCCAACUUGAAUCUCAGGAUGUGAACCAUUUAUCAUAAGCAUUACAUUUUUGAUGUUUCCAAAAAUUAAAUACCGUACUAUAAUCUCCUGGCACUUUCCCCCAGCAUGUGAUCCUGAAGGGAAGAAAGAGAAACCAUAGUUUUUACUGCCAAUAACAAAGUCUGUCUGUAGUUUUGGGUCCUAAAAAUAACACUAUGUGGUGCUUCAGAUGAGUGGCAACACUAGAUCGCCAUUCCUUGGGAAGUGCUCAGAUCUCUUGGGAAUAUGCACUAAGGCGUUGUGUCUGAACUGAGAAACUAAGAGAGAAGCAGGUGGGAGCUGGCUACCGUUUCUGCACAUGGACUUCUGUUUCCGUCAAAGGGAUAUUUGCACACUAAAUUUUAGGACAUUAGAAGAGAACGUUGGUCCAUGUCAUCCACGUGGUACUAAAUCUUUUGAUACAUACCUACAUGCCUGAAGUGAUAUUAAAUGUAGGAAACUCUCUAUCACUGGAUUUGUGGAACUUGAUUUUUUUUUUUUAAAAAAAAAUGCUCUUUAAAAAAAUAAGUUCUGACAAAUUUAUGAAGUCCCUGGAGUGUUUAUGUUGUUCCCAAAUAUUCUGUUUGGAAAACUUGGUUAAUCUGAUGCCACUUGAAAUCUUACUGCAUCCCAAACCACAGAUGAAUUCAGAUUAAAAGAAAGGUGUGAUGAUUCGUCUUCUGGUUCCUAAUGGCAAAUCGCUGUUAUUGUGGACUAGCAACUUGAAACCUUCUUAUCAGAACUAUGGAAAAUAAUCAAAUAUUCAGUUUUGGUCAAAGCAUGUUGUCCUUUUAUGAGCCAGUCUGGUGAGUGCUUUUGCAAACCUCAGCCUCUCAUUGGAACUUACUGAUGAGGGCACUGUAGGACAGACCACUUCAAAAGUAUCUUCCUCUUGCCUGUCAUUUAAAUGAGUGCUUUUUAAUUCAGAGCUGAACUUUUCACAGCGUGUUUUACUGAACACAUUGUGCCUUGGCACUGAAUCAGAUUGCUUCCAGUGCGAGGCCAUAGGAGCCUGAACACCUCUACACUUCAGAGUUAAUCAAAGAUAGAAGCGUUCUCUCUUCUGCUGGGUUGAUCACAUUUUUUUGUUGCUUGGAUGUUUCUGUGAGAUUUAAUUUUAAUAAAAUGAUAGAGCCUCUGUGGACAGAAAAGAACACAUCUGAGAACAUCUCUCUCAUCCUCUCUUUAACUGCUGAAGUGGUUCCUGGACUCAUUUCUUUAUGUUCUGUAGGAAUACAGUCUUAUUCCUGCCUCCCGUUAUCUUUUGGAGCAAGUUUUUGGCCCCAAUACUGCCUGAGUUGCAGAAUCGUUAACAUUAAAUCAGCUUCUCAAUAUUUCAGGCACAUUUUGUUGAAAUACAAAGUCUAACUUUUUCCUCCAACAACAGCGUCUUGCAAAAUGGCAUUAAAAUAUCUUUUGAAAGGUUUGCCAAAAUUGACCAGGAGGAUAUUUACGAUCAAAAUGCGAAAAUGCCUUCACUUAACUUGACAGAAAAGUUCUGUCCUGUGUUUUCCCUGAUGCAUAAAUCAGGUUUUUUUCACUGCAAGUACAGUGUACAAUUCAUAAUCCUGGAAAAAGAAUGAAGUUUGUUGUGGAUAAUUUUCCUACAGCCUUUAAAUGAGAAGAGGACAUAAGGUUUACUGAGUUUAAGUGUGAGGGCAAACACUGGGGACAGAAUAAAGGUAAUUUUUAAAGAUGUUUACUCAAAAUCUUCUAACUUAGGCAUGUCAUCCUUUUCAAAACUGGUGUCCUCAAAGUUGUUUUUUUCUGGUUUGUAUAUUCUGGCUCUUUCUUUUUAGUUUCUUUACUCGUAUUAAAUGUCAAAGUGUGGUUCUUCAGAAACUGCGCAUGUGACAAACAUAAUGCUGCUAUAACUCAGGAUCAGUAGAUUCUUACCAUGGGAAGGCUCUCUGUGGAUGAUGUCUCUCUAAGAACCAGGCAUCAAACACUGUGCUGAUGGCUUAUGGAGAGGGGCGAAGACAAAGCUGACCUGUAAAACCUGGUGUUUUGCCCUAUAAUAAGCUGAAGUUAACUGGUGGACACAAGUUCAUGGGCAGGAAGACUAUCCCUCCUCAUUGUGACAGGCAAGUGUCAGGUCUGUGGAAGAGAUGACACUUAAGGCUUUCGGUUGUAUCUGUCCUUCCCAGAGAAAGCAAUUGAUUGGGUGGGUGAAAUGGUAUUAACCAGUACUAGGAAAGCAAAUAUCCAGUGGUUCUGGUAGCUCAAUAUCUAGUGCUAGCCAGGAGAGAACUUGGAAGGAAUUGCACUUGGAAGAUGAAGAGUCACACGUGUGCCUGGAAGGCAGGCACCCACUGUCAAAACCUUGGCAAAAGCGCCUGACAGAAUUAGUUAAAAGCAGGCAUGAAGAACGUGCGUUGCUUUCUGUGAUCACAAAGUUGGGACAAAACUGAUUGUGCCUCCUUCACGCUUCUGUGCUUUGGGAUUACUAACAUACUAAUGGACUCAGGGAUGUGGGAAGUGGCUUGCAGUGGGAGCUGUGUACAAACUGGCCUGCACCCUGACCUGUUCACAACAUGUGUGAUGAGGACAUCGCACAUCGUUCAGACUGGAUAUCAGGAAAAAAUUUUUCACAGCAAGGGUCAUUGGGCACUGGCAGAGGCUGCCCAGGGAGGGGGGGAGUCACCUUCCCUGGAGGUAUUUA